UUGUGCGCACUGAGAGGGUUUAACUGUGUCCUCCUGAUCGCUUUGCUUUCAUUCUGCGGGUACGAGUGGAAGCAUCAUCAUGACCCAUAAGGACCAUUAAAGGAGACUGUAAAAGAAAGACAAUGAGUUCAGCAUCAAGGCAAAAGAAGAAAAAGAAAAAUAAAUUUGGUGCUACGUCUCCACCAUUCAUUGAUUACUUGAAAGAAAUUUUGAGAAGGUACCCAGAUGGGGGACAAAUAUUGAAGGAGCUGAUACAGAAUGCAGAUGAUGCAGGAGCUUCAACUGUGGUGUUUAUUCAUGAUGAGAGACAUUAUGAGACUCACAGCCUGUGGACUGAAGAGCUCAGAAAAUAUCAAGGUAUUUUAAACAAUGGGAGCAGAUUUAAAGGAUGGUCACACUUGCCAUGUGUCGUCAGUUCUGAACACCUAGCCAUUUUUGACCCACAAAAGAAGAUGUUUGGAGAGGAUGAAGAAGGCUAUCGAUGGUCUUUGAAUGAUGAAGAGGACAGAGAGAGUCUUUUGAAAUUCAGAGAUCAGUUUCAGCCCUUUCAAAAUAUUGUCAGUCAAGUCAACAGUUGUUCCUGGGAGAAGGUCAUCAGUGAGGAGCAAUACUUUAAAGGAACGCUCUUCCGUUUCCCUCUGCGUAAUGAGGCUUCAGAGAUCUCCGAUAACUUGUAUGACUCCAAAAAAGUUAAUCAGCUAUUUGACAGUUUCAUUGCUGAUGCGGACAUCAGUCUUCUUUUCCUGAGAAAUGUGUCAUCCAUUACUUUGCUGCAUAUUGACACCAAUGGCCUCUGCAACAAUAGGCUCAAAGUUUCAGUGUCAAAUAAAUUUAUCACUGACCUUUCUUAUAUCAAGAAGGAAUCGUUUGACAGAAAAACAUGUUUUAAAACAGUAUCACAGAUUUGCCAGCAAAUGGUAGAAACAAGGUCCCAGUGGCUUGUGACAACUUGCCUUCUGAAACAGGGACAUAUACCAGAGAUUGACUCUCUAGCUAAUAAGCUGAGCUUCUACCCUCAAGUUGAUGCAGCGUUUCGAUUAGAUGAAGACAGAUCACGUUGCAAUGGGCGACUAAGUUGCUUUCUGCCACUUCCAAAUAAUGAACCAAACAAAACUGGGCUUCCCAUUCAUAUCAAUGCUUGCUUUGGCCUGACAGACAAUCGGAGGUUCAUCAAGUGGCAAGAGGAGGAUCAGAAGAAUGAUGAGUCUGCAAUGUGGAAUGAGCUGCUCACAAAAGAUAUUCUUCCCCAUGUAUAUCUCAUGAUGAUCCGAGAUGCAAUUCAGUUAUCUGAAAAAUCAGCCCUGCCUUCUCCUACUGUCUACAAUCUUUGGCCUGACCUAUCGAAGACUGUACAUAAAGAGAGGUGGCAUAAAGUUGCAACAAAUACUCUGAAAGGUCUAUUUGAAUACAAGAUCUUUCACCUUGCUGAUAAUGAGCAAAUCUGGGUGUCUCCCUCAGACGCAGUUUUUCCAGUAAACAAUAUACGUAGUGACACAAUGUCUGCAGUGUCAAGAUUAUUGAUUGCUAAAAGAGAGAACCUGGUCACAGUCCCAGAAAAUGUUUUGAAAGAUGUUCAAGAAAUCUUCCCUGAAAGUGAUACCUUGACAUGGGUGACUCCAUCUUAUGUUAGAGAUGUCCUUCGCAGAAGUGAGGCUGAAAAUCUCAGUAAAGAUGACAAAUACUCUCUUCUUGAAUUUGCUCUCAGUGAUGAAAAGUACACAGAGCUACAAGGACUUAAGCUUCUUCCUCUCAGUGAUGGAACCUUCACUUCAUUUGGCAAUGGAGUGCAGAAGACUGUUUUGAUUGACAAUGAGAAGUUUCCAAGAACAUUGCUGCCAUUUUGUAAAGAGAGGUUUUUACCCAACGAUCUGAGCCAUUUUUGCACUGUGCAAUUAAGGAAACUAGCAACAAGGAGCAUAUACAACAUAAUCAAUUUGGAUGCACAACAUGUUGUUGCACUCACAAAGCAGCACUUACCCAUGGACUGGAAAGUGACCCAAGGUCAUGUGACAUGGAAAACAACAGAAGAUCAUCAUCCACCAAAGAGCUGGCUGGCUGAAUUCUGGAAGUUUCUUAGCGCUGAAUGGAAUGAGUUAAGCAGCUUUAUUAACAUGCCUUUAAUACCACUGGAGCCACUGCAGAGUUCAGGCAAUUCUAUAUUGUUAGCAAGGUUGCAAAGUAACACAACUUUGAUCUUUCAGAGUAGCACAGGGUCCAACUUGUCAAAUAAUGUUCAGAAAGUGUUAAGGAUGGUGGGAUGUACAGUCAUAAAAAGAGAUGAGUGUCUUAGACACCAUUACAUUGAGAGUUAUGUUCUUCCAGCUUCACCAAGAAAUGUUCUACAAGUCAUUGUGAACUCCAACAGAGAUCAGGUCAUCAAAGGCAUUGCCUCUGCUUCAUCACAUGAAAGAGAGGAGUUGAAAGUGUACCUCUCUUCUUUGGAUUCUCUCUCAGUUGCUGAACAGAACCUACUUUCAUUGUUGCCAAUCUUCAAAAUGAUGUCUGGGAAAUAUGUUGCAGUUAAAUCAAAGCAAGCAGUUGUUUCAACCACCAAUCCAGCCAUUCCAAAUGAUCUGCCAAUGCCUGACACCAUUGUACAGUGUGCAAAUGAAGCUGAUCGCAGACUUUUGACUCUUCUGAAUAUUGAACUCUUGGAUGCAGCUAAAGUGGCUGUUCAUUUGGUUGACUGCAUUAAGACAGGCUCUUUCAAAAAUGGUGAGGAACAGACAAUAAUGACCUGGAUUCUGAAUAAUGGUAGCAUUCUACUCUCACAAAGUGAGCAGCUGUUCACAAAAACAAAAAGUCUCAAUUUUAUUGAGACAACUCAGGGAGAACGCAAACAAGCCUCAAGUGUUUUUGAUCCAAGAAACAAGACAUUCCAGGACCUUUUUGAAGGAGAUUUCUUUCCCCCACCUAUUUACACAAAGACCCAGGAAAUGCUUCAGAGUUUGCAACGUCUUGGCUUAAAGACAGAUCAAAAAGAACUAUCAACAGCAAACAUACUCCAAGUCAUAAAUCAUAUUGAAAAGCUUUGUGUCCACUCACCAGAUAAGGCAUUCAAAAAAGCACAUACUCUUGUUCGAGUACUGAAUGCGAAAGAUUUCCUUUCCAAAUUCACCAAGAUGCAGAUAGGAGAGUUGAUGCAAAGGAAGUGGGUGCCUUGUGAAAAUCCAGAGUUCUUGAAUGGAAGCAUCUGUAGAAAUCUAAAGCGAGGUUUGUAUAAGCCUGCUGAAGUAAGGGAUUCAGUGUAUUCUUCAAUUGUUGGAUAUGUAAUGCCACUUAGCUCUGAGCUAAACAAACAUGUCUGCAACAGUCUUGGACUUUAUGAGCCCCCUCCUGCUGAAAAAGUCUUGGAGAACCUCUCUGCACUGAGAUCAAUGGUAAACCCAAAUUCAGAUUUUCAGUUUAAAACCAAGCUGCACAGUAUCUAUAAAUUCAUGCAGGACAACAUGAGAAAUUUCAGAGAUUUAAUGGACACAAAAUACCUCCCCUGGAUCUGGAAUAAAAGUGAGUUUGUCUGUCCAGGAGAUAUAGUUUUAGCCUAUCCAGCUGGAUUGGAUCUAAGCCCUUACAUCAAGAAAGUGCCUGAAGAGUUUUUGCGAUAUGAAAACUUGCUAACAAAAUUGGGUGUGAAGAAAACACUGUCUGAUGAGGAGAUUGAAGGCAUACUCCAUGACAUAAAACACAGAAUUGACCACAGGUGUCCUCCUCAUGGAGACUCGACAGAACUUGAAGUGGCAAUUGCCAUUCUUGACUGGAUACGAAAGAAUGAGAAGCUUUUAAAGGACAGCACACCUGUGCCUGUCAUGGCACAAAACCAAAAAUUUACUCUCCAGUCUUUGUCCAAAACAGUCUUCUGUGACAUAAGUGCUGAAGCACUAGAUGACCUGAAACAAGACGAUGAGGAAUUUUAUGUCAUUCAUGAGGAAGUUAAACCCCUCACUGCAAGAUGGUUGAAAGUCCCAUUCUUAAGUACUCGCAUCUUAAAACCACAGUUAAUACAAGCAGAGCAAGAGUUAUUUGGUAUAGAACAAUGUGGGCAAUCUGAACCAAUUACUCAAAGAAUUAAGAACAUUCUUAAAGAGUAUGAUGAAGAAAGUGACAUUUUCAAAGAACUCCUACAAAAUGCUGAGGAUGCUGGGGCAACCACAUGUAAAUUCCUCCUUGACUUCCGAAAACACAGAGACCCCCCUGAAACCCUCAUUGAUGAUGGAAUGGCCUUCUGCAAUGGACCAUGCCUUUGGAUCUUCAACAACGAGCUCUUUUCACAAGAAGACUGGAGAAACAUUGUCAAAGUGGGAUCAGCAUCAAAGGAAAACAAAGUUAAGAUGAUUGGAAAGUUUGGGCUUGGAUUUAAUGCUGUUUACCAUGUGAGUGAUAUUCCCUCAAUUUUGAGUGGGAACAGCCUUCUCAUACUUGAUCCAAAUAUCACCCAUUUGGAAAAGCACAUACUCAGCAAAGGAAACCCUGGAAUUAAACUCGACCCAUUCCAGGAACGGCUGUACAAAAGGUUUCCUGGACAGUUUAAAUCUUAUGAAGGUAUUUUUGAUUGUGAUCUGUCAGUGCAAAACAGCAAGAAAUCCUAUAAUGGCACCUUGAUUAAAUUACCAUUUUGCACUCUGGAGGAGGCAAACAAGUCAGAGAUCAGUUCAAAGGUAUAUGACGAAGAUCGCAUUAGGAGUUUUAAAAAUCAUUUGACUGACAACUCACAAACUCACCUACUGUUUCUAAAAAGCAUUACAUCUCUGUCCCUUCAAAUUGUCCCUGAAAAUGCAUCAACUCCUCUAAUGAAUGAUCAGAUUCAGACUCCUCUCAAAAUAUCCAGAAAAGUCAUGAAUUCUUUUGCUGUCUCGAAUGAUACAUUUCUCCAAGAGAUCAAGAGCACUUUCAGAAAUACUGAUAUCACAUGCCACAACAUUAUUGAUGUCAACAGAGCACACAUUGUUCAAAUAGUUCAGGAGCAUUCAGAGAGAUCCCUCACCCAGUACUGGCUUUUGUACUCGUGUUUUGGAACACAGGAUUCCUUGCAAAUGUUCCAGAAAAGAAAUGAUCAAGAGCAUGUGUUUUCAUUUCCAAUUGGAGGUAUAGCUGUACCUUUGCAUAGAGAGGCAAAAACUAAUGCAUGGUCUCCUGAUGAAAGCCUCUUUGGCCAGGCUUUUUGUUUUCUUCCUCUCUCAAUUGAGACAGGUCUUCCAGUUCAUGUGAAUGGGACUUUCGCAGUCACAUCAAAUAGGAAAGGCCUAUGGGAAAAAGGAGUGAAGUCUGAGUGGAACAAAGCUUUACUUAAAGAUGCUGUAACCUCUGCUUACAUCACAACACUGCUUGAGCUGAAGAAAAUGGCCCAAAAUGGACACAUCCAGAACUAUUCCUUCUAUGCAUUCUGGCCUAAUGCAGAGAGAGUAAGCAAAGCAUUUUUACCCCUGGUUGAGUCUUUCUACUCAGCAGUUGCGCAGAAUGGCAAUGGCAAAUCUCUGGAUCUUUUUAGCAAUGGACAUAAUUGGUGUUCUAUGGACAAGGCAAGAUUUCUGAAUCCAAAAAUUGAGAAGAACCAAGCAGUUGGAGACAUUGCCAUGAAAGUGUUCUUGAGCUUGGGAGCUUCAUAUUCCUGUGUUGUUUCUCUCCCAACAUGGGUAAGAGACAGUUUCAAUUAUUGUGGCUUCAAGGAAAUGAUCAAACAGAAAACGAUCAACUGGCCUGAGUUUUAUAGCAUUGUGUUUAAGAACUUGAGUGCUGUGAACACACAUAACAGAAAUGUGCUUGUUCUGAAUGCCAUCGACUUGAAUGAUCCUGCUGUUGAUGAUAUACUGAAAAGUUACCCUUGCAUUCCAACACAGAAAUGUCAGAAGCUUCAAUUUAUCAAGCGACUUGUGAAUCCUUCUGGCAAAGUGGCUUGUUUGUAUGAACUUGAGGAAGGACGAUUUCUUGAGGGAACUGCAAAUAACUAUCUCUCACCAAAAAGAAUUCAACGACUUUCUGAUUUGGGAAUGCUCAGUGACCGCCUCCCUUUGGAAGACAUAAUAGAAAGAACAGGGAAGAUAUCCAGUGUUUGGCAACAGGAUACAUCUAAAUGUCAAAAACAUCUUAAGUGUCUCAUAGAGUUAAUGAAAGACUCCACAGAAGAUGUAAAUUCCUUGCUCUGGCACACACUGUCUCAAAUACCAUUCCUUCCUGCCUUAUCUCCUCUAGAUCAGAAAAACAAGAACAACACUGUUCUUAAAAAACCCUCUGAAGUGUACAGUAAAAGUUGUCGAAAUUUAGUAAGCAUGACAGAAUUCACAGUUGAUCAUUCAAAACUUCAAAUACAUAGUUAUGAUUCAGUUCUCCAGAAAUUGAGAGUACGGACAAAUCCGCAAGUUGAGACGGUGCUUCAGCAGCUGUUAAAAGCACACCAAUACUGCAAUGGAUUUGAAAAGACUGAUGUCUUCAACAUUGCUCAGUCUUGCUAUGAAUAUCUCAACAAUUACUUGUUGGAACAGAAAGAUCCCAAUCCAAUUAUUGGCCAUGCAAAAUCAUUUCCAUUCAUUUUAAUUGAGGAUCACUUUGUAAAUAUGAAGGCAGUGGCCAGAAGUGAAGAAUUUGAAAAGAAACCAUAUCUCUAUGUACUUCCAGUCAUCUUCUCCAAAUUUGAGAGGCUCUGGGACUGCAUUGGUGUCAAAAAACAAUUCACAAAAGAGCAAUUUGUUGCUGCACUUGAGGAAAUGAAGGCUUUAUAUGGAUCUCAGCCUCUUUCCACUUCAGACCUCCAUAACUGUGUUGCAAUACUCGUGAAUGGGCUGUACAAAAUUAAAGAAGAAAAGCUUACAAACUGUCUCAUACCUGAUGAGAGAAGGGUGCUGACAUCUUCUAAAGAGCUGAGAUAUAAUGACAGCCCAUGGAUGCCUGUCUCAGCUGGUGUCAAGCUCUCCCAUGAGCUGAUACCUCGGACUGUGGCCUGUCAUUUUGGAGUAAUGACAACAAGACACCAUACUCUGAAGAAUCAUUUGGUCAGUGGGUUUUCAAUCCAUGCCAAGGAGUUUGGACAAACCGAGAAACUAACUGUCAGAAUAAAAAAUAUAAUUGAUGCAUAUCCAUCUAAAAAGGAUAUUCUGAAAGAGCUCAUUCAAAAUGCUGAUGAUGCAGAGGCAACAGAAAUUCACUUUGUGUGGGACAAAAGACAACAUGAAACAAAAAAGAUAUUUGGAAAGAAAUGGGAACUGGCUCAAGGCCCGGCACUUUGUGUGUACAACAACAGAACAUUUACUGAUGCUGAUCUGCAAGGUAUUCAGCAGCUGGGGGAAGGAGGAAAACAUGGAAGUUUAGGAAGAACUGGGAAAUAUGGACUUGGCUUCAAUUCAGUGUAUCAUUUAACAGACUGUCCAUCUAUCCUGACCGGUGACAAAUGGCUCUGCAUUUCUGAUCCAAAUCUAAAAUACGUGGAAGGUGUAACAAAACAGUUCCCAGGCUGCAAGUUUUCAAUGCAAGACGAAUUUAAAAAGUCUUUUGAGGAUGUUUAUCAUACCUUUCUUCCAAAAAUGUUUGCACUCAAUUCUGGAACCAUGUUCAGGCUCCCUCUCAGAACAGAGAAAAUGGCAGAAAAAUCUGAAAUAUCUAGACAUACAGUCACAGAUCGUGACAUGAAUGAACUUUACUGUGCCUUGACUGAAGAUCCUGAAGGACUAAUUCUCUUCUUGAAACACAUCACAAAAAUACAGUUCUCAGAAAUCAGUGAAGAUGGAAAACAACCAAAAUGUUAUUUCCUUAUUGAGAAGAAAUACACAGAGAAGAGCAUGGUAAGCAAGGAAAACUUUCACAGACAUGUUCAAGAUUCCCUCAUGUUAAGAACAGCAGAACCAUCCAAAACCAUCUAUGGCAUGCAAAUCUCAUCUGGAAAUAUACAAAGUCAGUGGGUCAUUGCAGAGUGCUUUGGCUUUUCAGAACCAAACUAUGAGCAAAAAAACAAGCAGGAUUAUUUCAAAGUUCCUCAAGCUGCUCUGGCUGCAUGUUGGAGCAGCUCAUUUAACCACACAUUUACUGGUAGGGCAUUUUGUUCUUUGCCUUUACCUGGACAAACUGGUUUACCAGUCCACGUGAAUGCAAAUUUUGAAGUAGAUUCUUCUAGAAGGGACUUGUGGAAAGAGGAUGGUGAUAGUGUGAAGACUGAGUGGAACCAGUUACUGAAAAAAAACAUUAUUUCACCACUCUAUGCUGACCUCCUGUUACGUCUUUGUUCAGCCAUGAAGAAAGAUACACCUACUGCUCUUGUAUUCCUGAAGACAGAGCUUGAGUCUUCUUGCCUUAAAUACUUUCCAUGCAUUUCCCAAGAAGUAGACAAAGUCUGGCAUGAGAUGAUUCAUGAGGUCUAUAGAUCAAUCAACCAACGUGACCUUCUUGCCAUACCCACGGCACACUCGGUUCCUGUUGAGUCAUCACAUCUUUUACAAGAUGCAAAAAUGCACAAAUACACAGUUACCUGGUGCAGUGUGUCUGAACCACAUUCAGAAAAUUGUCCAUAUUUUACAACUGAGGAGCAUGAUGGAAUUUUCAAAAUUUUAGAUGACACUGGGAUGAAAUUAGUGCCACACUCUUGGAAAAUGCAUGAAAUAAAAGACAACUUCAAAUUGGCUGGUGUGAAUGUGGCAGAAAUCAGUCCUUCAACAGUGAUGAAUUUCUUGAAGCAAAGAUCACUGAAUGAUCCUUCCCAGACAACUAGUAGUUUGCCUUUGCCCAUCAACCAGACCCUGAUCAAAAACAAAACAAGAUGCUCAAAACUUCUGAGCUUCUGCUUGAAAAAUGUCAAUGAAAAAAAUGUCCAUGACCUCAGUGGGCUUCCUCUUCUCCUCACAGAAGAUCAGAUGUUAAGAGUCUUUGAUUCUAAAUCCCCAAAGCUGAUAUCAAGAUUUAGCAGUCUUUUCCAAGGACAUCAGGAGAUGUUUGCAGAUGUGGUUGUCAACAGAACUCAUGUCCAAAUUCUGCAUGACGGAAAGUUUAUUACGGGCAUAACAAUUGACAUAGCAGCAACAUAUUUGAAACCAGAAAUCAGUAUACUGCUCAGGCAGUCAUUACCCGAUCAAAGGUGUCAGCUCUACAAAGCAGAUACAGAUACAAUCAAAUGGCUGAAAACAUUGUGGACUUUCUUUGAUGAUCAAGAGAAAAGCUACCAAAAUGGAAAACUGAAUGUCUUCAGUGAGAUAAAAAAGCACUUUGACGACAGCCCUAUCUUACCAGUAAUCUGCCCCAGUCAAAAUAACACACGUUUCUUACAAACAAUGAAGAACAUAUCAAAAGUGAUUCAGUAUGAAAAUGAAAAAGUAGCAUCCAUUCUCAUAAAACUGGGGUUCAUGAAAAUAGACCUUGUCUUUUUCACUGAUCUCAGUCUUGAGUUCCGUCUCAAUAUGAAUCCAGAACUCCUGCAAACAGGAGACAGCAGUGCUGUUUUGGGGCAGGUUUAUCAUGUAGCACAUUCACAGUUUGAGGAGCUAUCAAAAGAGGAAUGUGUUGAUCUUCAGAGCUUCUUACAACAUGGGAUCAGAGAUUCCAAUAACAAGAGUCAACAUGUGUCGAUGCUCAAGUCCUUGCCCCUGUUUGAGUCAAUAUCUGGAAAACGGGAAAGGAUUGAUUUACACAGAAUGGUAUUCAUUCUGAAUUCUAAGCAUCAGAAUGACUUUCCAAAUUUGUACCAUGUCGAUGGAUGUGACAGUAUCUUCCUGAAGCACACCUGGGUGAACUUAGAAUUGGCAGAAUGUCUAAAAAUUCAGAUUCUGAAUGAUUUGGAGUUCUGUGUACAGUUUAUUCUUCCCUCUGUGCACAUGAUGAAAGAGGACAAGCUUCUUGAUUUACUGCGGUUGUUAGUGGAACUUGGAAAAGUGGAUCACAGGAUUGUUUCUGCAUUGAAAGAGGUCAGAUUUAUUCGAGACAUCCAAGGCUCUCUUCAGGUGGCUUCAUACUUCUAUGAUGACAGUGUACACCUUUACAGCGAAAUGCUUCCAAAAGAGAGAUUUGUGCCAGAAACGUUUUGGAAGAUUUUCCAAGGUAAACGUACUGAAGCACUUCAUCUCUUAAAGGACCUUGGAUUGAAACAUGAAGUGUCUGAUGAGGAAAUCAUUCAGUUUGCAAAACAAAUUGAAUCUGAAACUAGAGGCAACAUUCCUUUAGGUGUUCUUAAAAAAAGAUCACAACUCCUGUUUAAGACUGUUUUAUCAAAGAGUAAUGAUAAAAAGUCUGAUUUACUGAGCAGAGUUGCUAACAUUAAAUUCAUCUUCCCAGUGCAAAUUCAGCAAGAGCUUUGUGAUUAUCACAAGGCCUUUGCUCAAGACAGGGAGGUUGUUGCAAUCAGUGGAUCACUUAUUGGCAGAGACAGUGAACACCAAUAUCUGACAUGGACAUCUAUGCCAAUCCUGCCCUUAGAAUACUGCUCUCCACAUCACAUGAAGAAAAUGAAGGAUGCUGGAGCCUUGGAAACUCCACCCCCUGGAAAAAUAGCUGCUAAUCUGAAAAACAUCUGUAGGUCUCCAUGCCACACAGACAAGUUGGAGACAAGAAAAAACGUAUUUAGCAAAUCAUACGCCUACCUACAAUCAAUAAAUUUUGACGCCUCUCUGUUCUCAGACCUCCCCAUUAUUUUGGUGGAAAAUGAGACGACACUUGUGAAGGCCAAACAGACAGCACUUGUGCUACAUGAUGCUCUUGAGUUUAGGCCUUACUUGUACAACAUUCCCUCAAAGUAUAUGAAAUUUGAAGACUUCUUCAAAAAAAUUGGUGUAGAGGAAAGGCCUACCAUAGAACAAUAUAGCACUGUUCUUCAAGAAAUCUAUUCUGAUAGCUCUGACAAAGACAGCCUUCAAGCAAAUCAGCAGAAAACUGUGACGCGUGUUGUACAACAGCUGUUUUGCCUGUUGAAAAAGGAACAGAACAAAACUCUUUUUUUCCCAAACAACCAACUUUAUCUCCCAUCAACAGAUGGGAAAAUCUAUGAUUCCUGCACUUUGUUUUUCAAUGACACCUUCUUUCAGGCUGCAAGACUCGAGGGACCUUUGGAAACCAAGCUGAAACUGCUAGAAAAAUUUAAUUGUUGUCAUCUUGGAAAUGAUCACUAUGAACAUCAAACAUUGUUGCAGUUCCUUCCUGAGCAUGUUCGCCCCAAAUUUCUCUCGGAUGUAAUUUCUGAAAACCUGGAGGGAACAAGUGUCCAAUAUUGUGAAUAUGAAGGGGAGUGUGAAUUUGGUGGCUGGUUUGACAAGCACUUGUCUUCUGCUGCAUUUCUUUAUGGACUAGUCUGUCUAAUCAGAGAAGAGAGCAAAGGCAGUGUUUCACAGUCUGAUGCUGCAGAAAAGUGCGAAGAAAUCUUUUCUAAAAUUAAAAUUAUCUGUUGCAAAACUCUUCAAACUGAGCUUCUGUUAAACCUGGAGCCACUUGAGGGUAGUAAGGCUGAAACAGAUGUUUAUGUGAAAAAAAAGCAAAAUGGAUGCAGUUUCUACUUAAAACACAAUGAUGACAUGGCACACAAAGUAGUAAAUGAAGUUAAUAUGUGUCUUACUAAAGAAAUCAAUGCUCUUCUAAAGAACUGUCUGACCACCUCAAGCCUUCUAGUCCUUGGACAACUUUUGCUGUGUGACAACAUGGAGGAUGUUGAGAAAACCUUAGCAAAAUAUGGCAUUCAUAGCAGUGGCCACAAGGAGGAAGGACACGGUUCCUUACCGAAAUCUGGAUGUCAUAUACCUGAAGAAUGGCAUGACUGCCUUGAUAUGAACUUCCUCAACAACUUUGAAAGUGGAGAGUAUGUUGGCUUCAGCAAGGACGAUUCCAGUGAAUAUUUCUACGCCAUUGUUAUCGAGCGAGUGGAGCAAGCAAGACAAUUUCCUGCCAGAUAUAAAAUUCAAGUUGGCAAUGAUGACUUCAUUGAAGUAAGCUCUCUUGACCUUUACCAAUUUAAAAGGGAAAAGAAGGCAACUAUGUCGAAAGGGUCCACUUGCACAGAUAUAGAACGUCUUUUGACAUCUAGACCUCCACCCAAAACAGUCUUUCCUGAGACAUUAGAAGAGAUCAAAAGAGAAAUUGACCAAAGCUUAAACGAAAUCUGGAAAAUGACAAGCGAGGACAAGCAAAAAGCCCUUAAACGUCUCUACCUCCGCUGGCAUCCAGACAAGAACCCUGGCAAAGAAGCACUUGCCACAGAGGCGUUUAAAUACCUGCAAAACAGAAUUGAUGAACUACAACAAGGGAAAACUGCACAGAACACAUCCUCAAAUUGGAGAGACUUUCGAGAUUUCUAUGAUACGUGGAACACAGAGGCCCGAAGCCACAGGAGGGGACGCGAGAGGUUUUAUCAGAACUAUUCUAGAAGGCACUAUAACUUCUGGUCAUACCACAGAGAAACUCCAAGGCCAAACAGAGGGGAGGCAAAACGCUGGUAUGAACAGGCUCAAUGUGACAUCAGAGCAGCUCACAAUGACACUGGAGGAGAAAGCUCAGAGUGGUGUCUGUUUAAAGUGCAUCAGGCUGUGGAAAAAGCCCUGAUAGCAGCAAUGUACAGGGGAAGUGGACACCAUCUCAACAACUGCUCAAUAACUAGCCUUGCUCAACAGGUGUCCCAUUUCAGCUCACAGUUGGCUUCUUUACCAAGCACUGUGAGGCAACUGACUGAACUUGGUGUUGAUGGCAAAAAAACUCAAUAUCCAAACUAUCACCAAUUUCCUCACAUUCCAAACAAGCAAUUUGGUGUUAAUAAUGCCAGAAUGGCAUUGGAUAUUACAACAAAGCUUUUAAAAAAAAUAGAAGACUAUGUCUCUUGAAAUAUGUUGAAACUAUACUGACUAAUGUUCCAUAUCUGUAUCUGUUUAGUACUGCUAGCAUGCAUACUAGAAAUUCUUAAACCUUUAUUAUCAUGUUUUCAUAAUUGUCAGUCUAGUUAUCCUUUUGCUUAAUAUUAAAUGCAACAUUUUUAUUAUUCGAUACUGGACAUUUCUUGUAGCAAACAGUAGAGCAUGGCAUUAGCAGUGCCAGGGUCAUUGGUUCAAUUCCCAGGGAUUGAAUGAAAUAAAAUGUUUACCUUAAAUGCAAUGUAAGUUUCUUUGGAUAAAAUUGUCUGCAAGAUGUGCAUUAAACAUCACUUUAGAAUUAAA